AAAUUAAGCUAGUAAUACCAAAGGGUUGCGUAGACUUUAUAAAUGCAGCUAGCUUUCGCCCCAGUAAUGUGUUUAGGCAAGAUUGUGCUAGAGGGAAAUGUAUCUGGAAAUGGCGGGCGUAGCUAAUUAAUAGCAUCAGUUAAUAUUCUUCGUCUCUAGUUAGCAGUCGACCCCAUCAUCCUUCAAUUCUGAUUGUGGAGACACUAGCCAAACAAAAUGGGCUAUAUUUCUGAUCAAAAGGCAACAUCUUAAUCUUGUAGCUCAUCCUUCCGACACCGAUCUAAGAAUACUAAUAUUCAUUACAGGUCAGGUCAAGUUUUAUAUUGAUUAGAAGUUCCCCAUUACAUGCCUAAUGAAAUGAUACAUGCACAAAUUAACUCAAACUGAAUUGGUACGUUGACUUCCCACUCCUUAAGUUGUUGCCAUCGGCUCGCAUGGAACUCUAGUGUGCCUGCUAGCUGUUCUCUUCAUUGUGCGACUACGUUCGUUCUCUCUGCGGUUGUCUGAGCGAGGUGUGUACUUCUACAUCGACGAGAUUAAUCAUGCCUAAGGAUGUUUUUUCUGUUUCGUUUUGACUGUAAUUGGCUUGUUUCUUCCGUUGCUGGCUAGUUUGUUGUUUAGGGAAUCUUCUUCCGUUGUUAGUUUGAUUUUUAUGGAAUUUUCUUGCGCCCCCCUUGACUUGAGCCCCACAAACGCCAUUGACAGUUUGUCACGACCUCGCAUGGAACUGCCGCCACCUCCACCCUCUCCCUACCCAUUUGCUGAGGCCGCCUGCUACUCAUCCUGUCAUGGGCGUUGGCUUCUCUUCUUCCCCAUCGCCAAUGCAAGCUAUUCUUCCUCCAUUUACAGUCAAUAAAGCUAGUAGUUCAUUGGUUGUUUUUCACUAUAUAUUAUAAACAUAUAUAUCCCCAUUUCUCUUCUCCAUUGGAGUACCCCAUUCACUUUUCUUUGUAGCCAAGUGCGUUACUUACUAUUCCAUCGAGUUAAUUUAUUCUUAAAUUUUCUAUAACUACCCCGUUUUCUGUAGCUACCAUUUUGAAUAAUUUUAAGGAAUCUUAUUGCAAGUAGAAUUAAUGUUGGCAUGGUUUACGGAUUUCCUCAUCAAAACUAGCGGCUAAUCAUUUACCAUCAUUGUAUUUGUUCCCAUUUUUCUCCUGCUGCAGUUAAAUCGGAAUAUAGAUGGCAGAUAAUAUAUCAACAACUAGUUCACUGGAAGGACGACAUGAAGAGCUACGGAUGGACCAAUGCCUCCUGGAAGCAGCCACAUCCGGUGAUUCCGCAUCAAUGAAGGCCAUGGCAUCGCAGGAUCGAAGCAUGCUUCUUAGCACAACUCCAGCUGGGAACACCUGUCUUCACAUAUCGUCCAUCCAUGGCCAUGAGGCAUUUUGCACGGAUGUGGUGGCCCUGGAGGCGUCUCUUCUCACUACAGUAAACUUGGAUCGAGAGACGCCACUUCUCACGGCGGUGAAAAGUGGAUUUGUCAUCUUGGCUUCCGUUCUACUCCGAUUGUACCGUGAAUGGCGAUUGAGCAAGGCAAUCUUGGAAAAAGACAUUGAUGGCUGCAAUGCACUGCACCAUGCCAUUCGGAGUGGCCACAGGAAGCUUGCGCUGGAGCUGAUAGAAGCAGAGCCGGCUCUGUCGACACAUGUGAAUAGAAUGAACGAGUCACCCAUGUAUAUCGCAGCGAUGAGGAAUUUUACUGAUAUUUCAGAGAAUUUACUUGAAAUUCCUGAUUCUGCUCAUAUGGGACCAUGGGGCCAGAACACUCUGCAGGCUGCCGUGAAAAAUGGAAACGCAGGUUUGGCUAAGAGAAUUAUGGAAACACGUCCUGGGCUGGCCAAAGAAGCCGAUAACAAUGGGUGUACUCCACUAAGUUCAGCUGUAUACCGUGGCCUGGUUGACAUGGCACGAGUAUUGCUGGAACAUGAUUGCUCUUUAGGGUAUGAGGUGCCAAGUAAUGGUAAUCCUUUCCUUAGUUGUGCUGCAUAUGAAGGUCACCUCGAUGUUGCUCAAGAGCUUCUUAAACACUGUCCUGAUACUCCUUACCGUUCAACACAAGAUGCCUGUUGGACAUCCCUCCAUGUAGCUGUAUACGAGGAUCAAGUGGAGUUCACAGAAUUCAUUUUGAGGACCCCACAACUUCGGAAACUCAUUAACAUGCGAGACUCCAACGGUAAAACUGCUCUACAUUUGGCAGUAGAGAAGUGCAAUCCUAAAAUGGUUGCUGCUUUGCUGUCUCACGAUGAUAUAGACACAACUGUGCUUGAUAACAAAGGUGUUACACCAGCUUGGGUAUUAGCUCACGUCAUUGAUCAUGCCAAGACUUUAAACUGGAAUGAAGUGAGCAUGCUUAUGGUGAGAGCUGAUCCCCGAGAUGCCAACACUCUUUAUAAUCUUCACACCCAUACCAAACACAAAGCGACCUUGCAAUCAAGGAAGGAAGCGAAGUCACUAACUCAAACAUACACAAGUAACACUUCGCUAGUGGCGAUCCUCAUCACGACAGUCACCUUUGCCGCUGCCUUCACCCUGCCUGGAGGAUACAGCAAUGACGCCGGAAGCGAGGGACUUCCCAUCAUGUCUAGGAAGUUUGCAUUUCAGGCAUUCUUGAUUUCUGACGUCUUAGCAAUGUGCUCCUCGUUUGCUGUCGCCUUCAUAUGCAUCAUAGCAAGGUGGGGAGAUUAUGAGUUCCUGAUUUAUUACAUAUCCGCCACUAAGAAGCUCAUGUGGUUUGCAUACGUGGCAACAACUACGGCUUUUUCAACUGGUUUGUACACGGUGCUGGCUCCACAUCUCCAUUGGUUGGCUAUUGCAAUUUGUCUUGUGGUAGCUUUGUUACCCAUUCUCACGAAACUGUUGGGCGAAUGGCCAGUUUGGAAGCUCAGAUUACGGUUGGGUAAAGCUUUCAACUCAGACCUCCUUGACAUGGUGUGA